AUGUCAGCGGAGGCCGAGCUCCAGCCGGGUGUCAAAACCAGCCAGCGAAAGGAGUCCAGGAGGAUCAAAGGUCAGGACCGCAGUGAGGCGGGGCUUAUUAAGCGUUUCCGUGGAGAUGGCGUGCGCUACAAGGCCAAGCUGAUCGGGAUUGAUGAGGUGACAGCGGCGCGCGGGGACAAGCUGUGCCAGGACUCCAUGAUGAAGCUGAAGGGAAUGGCUUCCUCGGCACGUUCCAAAGGGGAGCACAAGCAGAGAGUGUUUUUGACGGUCUCUUUCGGCGGGAUCAAGAUUUACUGUGAAAGAUCAGGGGUGCUCAUGCAUCACCACUCAGUCCACGAGAUCAGCUACAUCGCCAAGGACACCAGGGACCACCGGGCCUUUGGCUACGUCUGCGGGAAAGAGGGCCACCAUAAGUUUGUGGCCAUCAAGACCGCACAGUCGGCGGAGCCUCUCAUUAUUGACCUGCGCGACCUCUUCACGCUCAUCUACGACAUUAAACAGCGGGAGGAGAUGGAGAAGAAGGCCCAGAAGGACAAACAGUGUGAGCAGGCCGUCUACCAGACCAUCCUGGAGGACGAAGUGGACGAUCCAGUUUACCAGUACAUAGUGUUUGAGGCUGGACACGAACCGCUCCGUGGCCCCCAGUCAGAGGAGAGCGUUUAUCAGGUCCCAACCAGUCAGCAGAAGGAAGGGAUCUAUGAUGUCCCAAAACGCCAUUUCAUGACUAACAUCAACCACUUUGAUCUUUUUGGCGACAUGUCCACUCCUCCCUCGAUGCCCCCAUCCCCCGCCAACACACUGGACCCUAGCAGGAGCAGCCGACAGCAGCAACACGCUGCUGAGUUGUACGCCCCCUUCAGCCCCACCUCCGUGCCGUCAGGUUAUAUGACCAUGGGUCCGGUGCAGGCCGCCCAGUGGGCCCAGCAGCCGUUUCCUGCCCAGGGUCAGACUCUGGCCUUCCCCGUACAGGGGCCCCUCCAGGUGGCUCAGGUCCUACCCGGUGGUCAGCCAGUCAUCUGGAGCCAGGCCAACAUUUUCCCAGCCACUCAGCAGCAGUGGGCGGCCAUGGCAGCCUACAUGCCUGCCCAGACCGUGGGCGUGGGAGGGCACGCCAUACCAGCUGCCAUGCUCCAAGGCCUGGUACCCAUCACCACCAUGUGCCCCCAAGCCUGCGACAUGUCGGCCCCCUCCUCUGCCAUCACCAGCCCCCAGCACACGGCCGACCCAGCUCUGCUUCAGAGGCAGCUGAGCCUGGGGAAGGAGGGCCUCGGCCUUGACUCAGACGCAGGCGAGGGCCCCUCUACAUCAGGAGCCGGAGCAGCAGGUGUGGGAUCUGGCGUUGCGUCUGCAGGGGUGAGCAGGUGUGGGACCCCAGGCCUCAUGAGUGUACCUGACACACUGGUCUGCAGUCAGCUGCUGCCACCUUCAGCUGCUGCGACACAGGAAGAGGAAGGAAGCUGUAGUGACCUUGAUCUCUCUAGGAUGACCUUGAGCCCGGGGACAUCCACAUCACCGUCUACUGAAUCACCGUCCACUCCAGCCCCUCAGCAGAGCUCGUCUUCAGACUGCCCCCCUUCCCAGGCCAGUGACCCCCCCACAGAUCACUCCCCUGUAGACCCAGACGGUAACUGCAUCAACGCCAAGGAGGAGCAAUCGGGCUCUGGUGUUGCAAGGUCGAUAUCUCCGGUGCCAUGUGGAGCUCCUGAUCCUUCGCAGGAUCAGACCUGUCCACAGGAAGACAGCUAG